UAUCUUUGAUAAAGCUAAAGAAGUUUUCAUCUUAAUUUUUUUGGAAAGAGGCAACAAAAAAAAGAAUUAAAAAAUAAUAUUUAAAAAAAAUUAUUAAAAAAAAAAUCCAUUUUAAAAAUUAAAAGAAAAAUUUUUAUAAAGAGAAGAAUAAAAAUAUCAAAAAAAAAAAAUUUAUCGUCGCACCAAAAACAUUACUGAAGGUUAUAAAAAGGCUCAACAGGAAUUGUAAAGUGGAAUAGCUAAAAAGGUUUAAAACAAAAUUUAGAAAACAAAAAAAUAACAAAAUCGCUUAAUUCAGCAGCAAAAUACUGUUGAAUUUUAAUUUGAUUUUUUCAAUAUUAGUGCUAUAACCACAGCUGGGUGUGGGCGAAUUUGCGCCCCUGCUCAGGUAAUAAAUAUCUUAUAAGAAACAAUAAUAAAAAAAAAAUAUACAUUGAAAUAAUAUCCAUCACGUGGAUCGUAUGAACAUUUAUAAAUCACUAAUAAUAUAGGAUUCAUUGUAAUUUGAUAUUAAAAGCGAAAAACUUUCCAUUUUUUUUCAUCUCAUUUCAUAAUUCAUUGUCAUUUGAAUAUAUUAAAAGGAAACCAAAACGAGCAACCUGAAUUUCUCAUCAUUCCGAACAAGCUUUACCUCUAAUGUUAAUUUCCUGAAACGAAGGUCAGUUUCGGGAGAUUUAUCUUCUGAAUGUGAUGAUGUUGAUCCUAAUGAACUUCCACCGGCCGCAAGGCCAUUGCAAACGCAACCGGUUCCAACAGGUGGACCACCAAAUAUGCCUCCACCACCAGCACCUUCAUCGAUUACAAAUGUGCCUCCACAGCCUACAACUGCAGCACCCGAAUUAUCUCUUACAUUUGGAAAAGGUCCAAUAAGGGGUACAAGUGCACCAUCUAGCCCGGCUAAAUCACGUGAAAGUUUAUUGCAACGUGUUCAAAGUCUUACUGGUGCUGCAAGAGAUCAAGGAGCAUCUAUUAUUGGCGCUGCUGUUCAAAGUGCAACUAGACCAUCCAUAAACAAGGAUAAAUACUUUACGUUACUUGUUUUAGACGAUCAAAAUACUGAUUGGUCAAAAUAUUUCAGAGGAAAACGCUUGCAUAGCGACUAUGAUAUUAGAGUUGAACAGGCUGAAUUUAAGGAAAUAUCGAUUACAUCUAGCGGUGAAAGUGGUCCGCAAGUUUCGAUUGCUGUCACACGUGGAGGAACUAAAGUAUCAAGAUCGUUUCGUCCUGAUUUUGUUUUAAUCAGACAACCACCACGUAAUGGAGCUAAUGAUUUUAGAGCAUGUUUAUUAGCACUAAAAUUCGGGGGUGUAGCUAGUAUUAAUUCUUUACAUUCCGUAUACCAGUUUCAGGAUAAGCCAUGGGUAUUUGCCCAUUUAUUACAACUUCAAAGACGUUUAGGUAAAGAUGCUUUUCCAUUAAUACCAAAAACAUUUUUCCCGAACACAAAAGACCUUUAUUCAUGGUCGAAAUUUCCUUGUGUAUUAAAAGCUGGUCAUUGCCAUGGUGGUUUAGCUACUGCCCGUUUAGAAAGUCAGGGAUCUCUUCAAGAUGCAACUGGUUUAAUAACUGGAACUGUUUCUGGAGAUUCUUUAUGUUAUUGCACACUGGAACCAUAUGUUGAUGCAAAAUAUGAUAUUCAUAUUCAGAAAAUUGGAAAUAACUACAAGGCAUUUAUGCGAAAGUCUAUUUCUGGAAAUUGGAAAACAAAUCAAGGUUCAGCUAUGUUGGAACAACUUCAAAUGACUGAAAAAUAUAAAAUGUGGAUAGACGAGGUUUCUGAAUUAUUUGGUGGAAUGGAAAUUUGCGAAAUUUCUGUAAUUGUUAGUAAAACUGGCAAAGAGUACAUUUUAGGCGCCUCAGAUAGUACUUUCUGUCUUAUGGGCGAUACUCAAGAAGAAGAUCGUCGUCAAAUUGCUGAUUUAGUUGUAUCUAGAAUGCAGAAUGUAUGUCGACCCUCAACAAAGGUUCCUGGUAAAUCUUUAACAUCAUCACAAAGUUCAAGUCCAACAGAAGAAACAGCUUCAUCCGUUUCAUCAACUGUUUCAAGACCGCUUCCAACUGGAGCACCACCACCAAUUCCAGAAAGAACUUCACCAGCAGUAGGUUCUAUUGGUCGAUUAAGUAGUCGAAGUAGUGUAUCAGAGCCGGCUAUUGAAGAAUCAGAAAAAAAUACACCAAUAAAUACAACCGCAGCAAACAGACGAGAUUCACAGUCUUCUCAAGCAUCUGUAAUGUCAUCAGGCUCUAAAACAUCUAUUCGUCCUCAAACUCAGUCAUCUGUUGUUGAAGACGCUGAGGAUACAAUGAAAAAUUUAAGAAAAACAUUUGCAGGGAUAUUCGGUGAUAUGUAGGAAUUAGCAAACAAAAAGCGAGGGAAAACCACUUCAGAUAUUGUCAGUUUGGAGAAAAAUGAUAUUACUACAACUGCUACAUCUACUAAUAUAACUACGUCUGUAAUUUCAACUUCAAAAAAUGUAGAAAAAGCGUUACCAGCGACAGGUAUAACAUCUUCUGUGCUUACUAAAACUCCUUUAUCAACUAAUGAAACUGUAAGCUCAAAUACAUCUUAUAAGAGUACUACGUCGGAUAUCGGAAGUUCUCUCGCUUUUAAAAAUAUAGCAGCUACAACAACAAUAACUACAACAAGUACAUCGGAUUUGGGAUAUGCUUCACCAAUAGUCAGUUUCGAUUCAACCAGAAGAAUUAAUCCAUUUGAUAAGAAUUUACAAAAUAGUAAUAACACCAAUACUAGUAGUACUAGUAGCCUUCCAACAUCAGAAGAUCUUAAAAUUACAUCUAAAGCAAGCAAUACAUUUACAGAUACUAAAAAAUAUACUACAAGCAAUGUUAAUACAUCAUUUUCAUCAAUUGACAGAUCUAAUUCCGUCGAUUACAAGUAUAGCUCUGAUUAUAAAUUCAAAGAUUACGGUACUGAAAAUUCUUAUUUACCAUCAAUAAAUAAAACUUUUGAGAAACCCGAAAAAGGCAAAUUUGAGCGCAAACUAUCCGAUGCAGAUAUUAUAUUUGGAGUUUCAGAGAAACGUGAUGACAUCGAUAUUAUUUUUCAAAAAUAAUUCAUUUAUAUUUAAAAAUAAUUUAAUUAAUAAUUAAUAUUUAUAUUCAAAUAUUUUCGUUACAUAAAACAAAUAUCAUAUAAUAUACUGCAGCAGUACAAAAACCAAAGAAUAAAAUUAAAAAAGUUAAACAAGCACAUAUUAUGUAUAUUUGGUAGUAGUACUACAUAUCUUUGUAAAAAAGAUACCUCCGCUUAGAGCUACCAAAACCAUUAUAUUACCUUAAACUUUAAAAAUUAUAAAUCUAAAAAUAUUAUAAAAUAUGGGGACAACAAAACAUAUUAUUCGAGAAAAGUUAAAAAUCAUAAAAAAUUCAACAGUCAAAAAAAAAACAAAUAAGUAAUUAAUUUUUCUUUUUAAAGAAAAGGCCUUCCAUUUUUUAUUAUUUACUCAUAUAUAUGAAAACGCAAAUUUGAACAAUAUUUGUAUAUUAUGUGUAGAUAUAAUCUAUGUAAAAUAGUUAUGUAGAUUUAUAUGUAUAUAUUAUAUUUGGGCUUUAAGAAAAAUUAAUUUACAUCAAAAUGAAGAAUACAUAAAUUUAAUACGAAAAGUCUGCUCAGCAAUUUCAAUGAAAUUAUAAAAAAUUCAAAUUUCUUUUAAACAAUUUUAGCAUAAAUAUAAAUUGCAUACACAAUAAUUACGAUAACAGUCGCAUUACGUAUAAAUAUAUCAAAUAAGUUAUUAUAUAAAAAUUAAUACAAAUAAAGCAUGCAUUAUUUAGAAAAGAAAAAAAAAUUAAAUAAUUUGAUAAAAUGAACAAUAUUAAGCAAUUAAUAUAUUUAGGAAAUGGCACAGAAAUCGAAUAACUUGUAUCUGAUUCUAUUUGUUUAUUUUAUUUUCAAAUUAUCAAAGAAAAAUAUAUACCGCGAAAAUUAAGCAAUAGCACAAAAUAAAAUAAAAAUUGUCUAUUUAUUACAAAAUGCUAUCUUUAUUAAAACUUUAAAUAACGUGCCAUAUGAAAAAAAAUAUAAAGAAAUUGUAAGAAAAAAUAAAAAAAAAAUUGCAUGAAUAAAUUAUUUUUAUUAAUUAAAAUUUACUAUAAUUGUUAUUAUGAUAACAAUUAUCAACUACAAUCUCACAAAAAUAGUAAUGUUAAUGCAAAUAUUCCUUAUAACUAAAUUAUUAUAAUAAUCAAACGACAAACAAUCUCUAUUAAAAUUACACUAUUAUUAAUUUAAUUAAAUUAUACAAUAUUAAUUUAGCAGAAAUUAAUUUGUAAAAACGAGUUUUCAAUUUAAAUUAAUUUUUUUAUUUAUUUUUAUUUAAAUUUUUU